CGUUCAUUUAUUUCCCAGCCGGUUGUUUGCUUGUAGCCUAGCAUGUGUGCCUUCCUUACUAAGCAACAACGAGUUUUAUAAAGUUGGUUUAUGGUUAUUAUAUGAGGUGUUAGCGCUAGUGGGUGGUUUCUAGUGAACAGAACAACGAGUCAGGUGAAUUGCCCUCUCCGGGGCUAAAAAUACACACUCACCAAAUUUGACUGUGGUUCAGCUGCUGUUGCUAACGGUAGGCUAACUCUGGCAGCUGCAGGGCUCUGUAGUGGUUAGCUUCUAGUUUGGGAAGAGUGACAGCAGAAAAAUGGCAGAGGCAGUCGCAAAUGUGGCCCGGAGGGUUAAUGCAACUGUAGAGGAGGGGAAAGAUACUUUGGACCUGUCAAACUGCCAGCUCAUUUCUUUCCCAGACGGUGUGUUCAAGGUCCUGAGGAGUGUCUCAGAAAACAUCCGCGUUAUCACAUUGGCUGACAAUGAGAUGAAGGCCCUUUCAAGCAAGUUCUUCUCAACAUUCUCUCAGCUGAGAGAACUGGACCUGCGAGGCAAUGUUCUCACCAAGCUACCUAACUCUGUGGCAGAGAUGGAGCAUUUGACCUGCAUCAAUCUGGCUAAUAACAGCUUCUCCAUCUUCCCUGAUAAGCUUACUGAAAUAGCCACACUGGAGAGGAUUAACCUGGAGGGAAACAGCCUCACCGAAAUACCGGUGGAGAAGUUGUCGGAGAUGCCAGCGCUGAAGUGGCUAAACGUGAAGUCAAACCCUUUGGACUCAAACACUCAGUCUGCUCUGCAAUCUCCCCACAGUUUUGAUAUUUUGUCAACCACAGACUCCUAAAAGAGUAUUAUCUUUAGCCACCUAUUGACUGCAUGCUGUGUGCCUUUAACUGCUUGAGUCGGAUGCUUGCAUGCACCAAAGAAAUGAGAAAACACUUGAAGAUAUUGAACUGAAAGAUAUCACAGUUGGUUUACAAUAGAAAAGAAAACAAAAAAGGUGUGUUAAGAUUUCCUCCUCCAAGUUGAUGUUUGGAAAUAAAACAUAUCUCCAUAGUCAUCAUUAUUGGGUCUCCAAACAAUAUCAUUUGGAGACAAAUAAUGCCUUAUUUAUUACUUUCGAUAGUAUAAAAAAAUGUUUUCAAUUAAAGCUCUUACGUUGGGAA